UCACCAUCAUACCGGGUUUCCAUUACUUGCUCUGCUCUCUGUGUACCUGUGUCUUGAUCGUAAUGUCAUACUAGGAGGUAGAAAUGAAAUUCUCUCUGAUCUCUGAGCCUUCCAAAAGACUCUAAACCAGGUGACAUGCAAAAAUGAUGUUUCAAUCUCUUCCUACAUAGAAACUUAGGGGGGUUGUGUUCUCCUUUAGGCCUGUCUAAGUGCUGAAAAAUAAAGUGGUCGCCACAGUGGGAAAUGUUUUUCACUUUUACAGCCACCUGAAAUCAGUUUGGCUUAUCACGACCAAACUUGGUGUACACGUAUCUGUAAUCGCUCAACAAUCUUGUGAUCAUCCAGAGCUGGCCAAAAAAUUAAUUACAACUUUCUGGUUUCAUAAAUGACUAAAUGAAAGUACUUUUUCUUUUGCAGUACCGCAUUUCCAGAUCGCUCUUCAUUAUAUGCUGGUUCAAAUAAUGAAAUGACUACAUCAGAACCUUUAAAAUGAAAAAUGCUUUUUCACCUUUUGGUCAAAAGAUAUGCCACAUCAUAAUCUACAAUGGUUCAGGCUUAAUAAUCAUCAAUCCAUUAGGUUUAUGAAUCAUUCAGUAUUGGCUCAGUUUGGGAAAACUUCUCAAGAAAGACUGCUGUGAAGGAGCAACUCCUUUUCCCAAAGCAUUCUUGAGUACUUGGGUUAAACAUGGAUACUUAUCCUUCUGUUCUCAUGUAAAAUGUUAUGUGGCUAGUAGUUCCCUAGCCACAUCUGAACAACCAACACGUUCUCCUUUGUCCCCAUAUUGAUGGUUCUCAAGUGGACUUUCGUGACCAAUGUUGACACAGAAGUCAAUCUCAACUGUUUCAAUUGAAACGUUUACCCUCCCACUUCACAUAUGAUAUUCACCGUUGGGGUUAGCAACGGAUGAGACAUGGUGGUGACCCUCAAGGCUGUGACACCACAAUUGAAUGUCACUUUGAAGCUGUACUUCCUCAUGUGGCCACAUUUGCCCACCAAUGACCACCCUCAUCUUCACUGACCCCACUUUUGUUUGUUGAAAAUGCACGCCGAAGGCUGACUAUGGAGUCCACUUUAGACCAAAGAGCCUGCUUACCAACCCUCAAUACAUGACACCUUUUGGCAACAGAAACUUUUCUUUCACUUCGACAAGUUAUUACUUAUCAAGAACACCAUGGAUUUAUUCGACGUGUGCUUUUUGUCAGUACCGACAACAUUUAAAAGAAGGUUAAAUGAACAGCUCAAAUUAUUACUGAAGGCCUUAGAUUGAAUCGGGUAUUUAAAAAUAAUUCUUGACUAUGCAACACCAAUAGGACAGUUAGCAACAUGAAAGCAUAAAGAUUUGAUGAAUUAUUUGGGAGACAGAUUCCUAUAUUUGCAAAUAUUUACUAACAAACCGAUGUAGUCAACUGUUAAGCACCCGCUUACUUUCUUCAACCCCCACGUCCUGUCGCUGUAGAUUUGUCCUAAUGCCACCUUGAUUCUGUCUGCACUCCUCAGACAAUGCUAUAGGUAAUUCCCUUGACUUCCCUUCAAAACGCCCCAAGGCUGCCUGCGCAAAACAAGUCGAGAUUGAAUCCGCCACUGCGUAGUCAGCUCCACCCAUCCUUCUAAACUAUUUCCACCGUCACUCAUCAUAAAGCCACCUCCUCCAAACACCCACUGUUCACCUGACAGUUGGGACCUUAUUUACACUUCUUUUUAUUCAAGGGUCAGUCACGUCAACAGGGACCAUCCAUCUCAUUGGACUUCAAUUGUGAACCAAAAUGAAUUGGUCUGCCCUCCAGGCCCUGCUCAGCGGGGUCAACAAGUACUCGACGGUAUUCGGCCGUGUUUGGCUCUCCAUGGUUUUCGUCUUCCGUGUGAUGGUGUUCGUGGUUGCAGCUCAGCGUGUGUGGGGUGACGAAAGCAAGGACUUUGUCUGCAACACAGCCCAGCCGGGUUGCAACAACGUGUGCUACGAUCACAUCUUCCCCAUCUCCCACAUUCGUCUGUGGGCCCUCCAGCUCAUCUUCGUCACCUGUCCUUCCCUCAUGGUGGUGGGGCAUGUCAAGUACAGGGAGAAGAAAGACACGCAGUAUGAGCACUCCCAUAAGGGCAAACAUCUGUAUGCCAAUCCAGGAAAGAAACGUGGAGGCCUGUGGUGGACUUAUCUGGUGAGUUUGAUUUUCAAGGCCGGCUUUGACGCGGGCUUCCUCUACAUCCUGUACCACAUUUACGAGGGUUACGACAUGCCCCGCCUGUCCAAGUGCUCCCUGGCGCCUUGCCCCAACACCGUCGACUGUUUCAUCUCCCGUCCCACCGAGAAGAAGAUCUUCACUCUCUUCAUGGUGGUCUCAUCCGCGGUCUGCAUUCUCAUGUGCAUCUGUGAGAUGAUCUACCUGAUCUGCAAACGCACCCAGAAACUCAUCAAGCGGAAGAAAGAGGCGGAGAGGAGGAUGUUUGCAGAGAAUCAUGAGAUGGCUCCACUGGCUGCCCCCAGGUCAGAGUUCAUGUCCAAAGCAUCCGUCUGGGUGGAUCCGACGGCCUCUGUUCAUGACCUGAAUGACACGAAAGCAGAGGAAGUACCGUUAAAGAAAAAAAUGAAAGAGUAAUAUGAAACAAUGAGCUUCUAUAAACAAAAGACUUUCAGGUGCUGAGCUUCCACGACGCAACAAGGCUCACAAUUUAUAUGACACUCAUCUGUUUGCUGGGUAAAAGGACCUCUGUUCCUGCUGUUUGCGUUCAUGUUCUCACGAGCAUUUAAACUUCUGUUUCAUGUGUUUAUAAAACUAGUAAGGCACUCAGAGAGCACAGACCUCUGCCAAGCUGUUCAUUUAUACAGUACAUUCUUUGUUGUUGUUGUUCCACACAAUAGUGGAAUUUACAUGACAUGAUUUGAACAGUAGGUGGCAAAAAUUUCCCACAUCUUCCAGAUAUAACAGUGGUACAUAAAAAAAUGUUUGAAAAUAUGACAGCACAUGACACACUUUUCCUGAAGCGAAUAAACGUUACGUUUAGAUAAUGCAUAUUCAACACUCAAUAUACUUUAUAUUUGUAUGUUUUCUUUUUAAUUUUGUUAUUUAUAUAUUGAUCAAUAAAUCAUUUUA